AUGGCGUUGUUCCGACGGCAAGACAGCAGUACUGCGCAGCAAGGUGGAGGAUCGGCGGUUGAUACUCUCAAGGACCUCGCCUCAGAUCCAUUCAAGUCCGAGAUCGCGAGUUCGUCUCUCGUUACUGCGUUCGGAUUAUACCUGGGGUUGUCUGUUUUCCUUGCCUUGCUGUUCUCGCUCGUUCGACCGCGCCAUCGGCUCGUCUAUGCGCCAAAGACUAAGCAUGCGGACGAGAAGCAUGCGCCGCCUCCCAUGGGCAAUGGAGUGUUCUCAUGGAUUGGCCCGGUCAACAACGCAAAAGAGCCAUAUCUGGCAGAACGCAUAGGUCUGGACGCGGUGGUUUUCCUUCGAUUCACGCGCAUGGUUCGGAACAUCUUCCUCGCAUUCGGCGUCGUGGGCGUGGGAAUCAUGAUUCCAGUCAACGUCACCCAGACCAAGACCUUUGCCCAGGCAAGCUGGGGUUUGAGCGCGUUGAGCUAUAUGACUCCGCAAUUCACCUAUGGAUCGGGAUUGUGGGCUCAGGUGGUGGUCGCGUAUCUCGGAAACUUCAUUGUUGCAUAUUUUCUGUGGCACAACUACAGGCGAGUCUUCGCCCUCAGACGAACGUACUUCACCAGUCCCGAUUAUCAGAACAGUCUGCACGCUCGAACACUGGUCGUACGAGAUCUCAAGCCCGACCUGAGAAACCCAGAUGGGGUGGUUCGGGUCACCGACGAGGUCAACCCUACUGGGAUCCAGCCAGUGCCAUCUGUGGGAAGGAACGUCAAGGGGCUCCCCGAUUUGAUCGAGGAACACGAAGAGAAAGUUCGGGAGCUUGAAUCAGUGCUCGCCAAGUACCUCAAGAACCCUGAACGACUUCCCGCCAAACGACCCAUGAUGAAGCCAUCGGGAAAGUACAAAGGCCCGACUACUGGAGGCAAGGUCGAUGCAAUUGAGUAUCUCUCAGAGCGCAUCAAGGAGCUCGAGAUCGAGAUCAAAGAAGUCCGUGAUCAGAUCGAUACAAAACAAGCGAUGCCGUAUGCGUUUGUCAGCUGGGAUCAGAUCCCGCAGGCUCAUACUGUUGCGUUCGCCAGCCGCAGGAAGCGCCCACAAGGUGCCAAGCUAGAGCUUGCUCCAGCUCCGACUGAUUUGAUCUGGAAGAACAUGGCCGUUGGUAGGGCUUCACGAAAAAGCCGGCGAUUCAUGAACGGCCUUUGGAUUGCGGUGUUGACCAUCGUCUGGACGCCACUCAACGCUGCAAUUGCCAUUUUCCUGUCCAACCUAGGCAACCUUGGCGCUGUGUGGCCAUCGUUCAAGACAAGCCUGGAGAGCAACCCGGUCUCGUGGGGAAUCGUUCAAGCUAUCCUGGCCCCGACGUUGACAUCACUCGUCUACAUGGUGCUGCCUGUCAUUUUCCGUCGAUUGCAAAUCAAAGCUGGAGAUAUCACGAAAACCGAACGAGAGCAGCAUGUGGUUCGCAACCUCUACACUUUCUUCAUACUCAACAACUUGGUUCUCUUCUCCGUCUUCUCCGCUGUCUGGGCGUACGUUGCGGACAUCAUCGUCGCAGAUAACGAGGGCAAGAGCACAUGGGACGCCAUCCUGGCCGGAAAGUUCUUCCAGAAGACGACAAAUGCCCUCUGCGAAAUCACGCCAUUCUUUGUUACCUUCCUACUGCAGCGCAAUCUCGGCGCUGCACUCGACCUUGCACAACUGUGGCGAGUCUUCCUGACCUGGUUUCAACGUCGCUUCAUGAGUCCCACGCCUCGUCAGAACAUCGAAUGGACGGCUCCUGUGCCAUUCGAAUACUCCUCAUACUACAAUUACUUCCUCUUUUACGCAACAAUAGCCAUCUCGUUUGCAACCCUUCAACAUUGUUACUUGAUGAUGUAUAUCUACGUUACAAAGAACGAAUCUGGCGGUCAGAUGUGGCGUGUCCUGGUCAAUCGCCUCAUCUUCGCCUGUAUGCUUUUGGACGUGGUGGUCAUUGUGCUCCUCGUGGGCAGAGACGAAUACAUCAAAGCGGGUGUGAUGGGUCCUGGCCUUCUCCUACUCCUUGGCUUCAAGAUGUACUGCGCCAAAGCGUUCGACCGCGACAUGAUCUAUUACACAACGACCGGCAUGCUGGAUCAAGAAGCGAACGCGUCCGGCAAAUCAGUCCGCCGUCGUGCUGAGAAGAUGGCCUCCAAAUUUGGGCAUCCGGCCCUAUGGAAGCCUUUGAUGACACCCAUGGUCCACGCCAAAGCUCAGCACAUCCUCGGCGAAAUCUAUCGCGGUCGUGUCGCUUCAGACGGACACGGUCACACCACGGAAAAUGCCUUCUCCGACGCCUAUCAAAUGCAACCUAUGAAGAACAACUCCGUCCCACAGACUGAUGGUGGCGUACCCGCAGUCGAGUUCGUCUCCGAGGCAAGACAGGACUUCGCUUACUACAAGAAUCGGGAGGACUUCCGUGACGAAGCUGGCGCAAAUCUUAUUGAUGACGACGCCAUGACUGAGCGCUCAGGCACUCCUUUCUCCCAGUUCCGCCGUACCAACACGGCUGGCACAGACCAGCAACUCUUGAUGUCCGGCAGUAGCUCACGCGCCGCCAGUCCCGCCCCGGGAACUGGAAGCCGACCCAUGUCGCCCGCUAAUGGCAUUCGACGAAAGGAAGUCGCAGCGUCAGCGAACAAGCGACAUUCCCAAAUGCACCUUUCGCAUCCCGCUUACCAGAGCGAGAGCGAUCUGUCUCGUGUAGACACCGCAACUUCACAGCGGGACAUCGCACUGGGACCGCGGCAGCAUGGCUACUACACCGACCCUGACGCGGACGACCGUGCGGGCUUGCUGUCGCAGCAGCACGAGGUUAGCAUGGCGCAAUUCAGGACGACGCCCGCGGGGUGGACGCCGGAUCGAGACGACGGCGGACAGUAUGACUAUUUCAGAGCACCCAAAGGUCAGAACUACUACCAGCAGCAGCACCGAUAG